AUGGUUUCUCAAUCGGUCAACAAGACCGCCCUCCACCCGAGUGGUGUCGAGCCUUCCCGCGAGCACACCGAGCUGGAAGAAGAACUUCACUCGACAGCCCACAUUGACUACGAUCGGGUGGCCAUCGUUGCCAACCCAUCUGUUUCUGCUCUCUACGAGGAUGCUCUGGUCUACGAAACCGGCUCUGCCAUCACCUCUUCGGGGGCCCUGACAGCCUACUCGGGCUCAAAGACGGGCCGUUCGCCGCUCGACAAGCGUGUCGUCAAAGAGGAAAGCUCGGAGAAGGACAUCUGGUGGGGACCUGUGAACAAACCCAUGACACCAGAGGUCUGGAAGAUCAAUCGUGAACGAGCCGUUGACUACCUCAACACCCGAAAUCGCAUCUACGUGAUCGAUGGCUACGCCGGUUGGGAUGAACGCUACCGCAUCAGCGUCCGCGUUGUCUGCGCCCGUGCCUACCAUGCCCUCUUCAUGCGCAACAUGCUCAUCCGACCCAGUCGAGAAGAGCUGAAGGACUUCCACCCAGACUAUGUCAUCUACAAUGCCGGUUCAUUCCCGGCCAACAGAUACACCGCCGGCAUGACCAGCGCUACUAGCGUUGCCAUCAACUUUGCUGAGAAGGAGAUGGUCAUCCUGGGUACAGAAUACGCGGGAGAGAUGAAGAAGGGAGUCUUCACUGUCCUCUUCUAUGAGAUGCCCGUCAAGCACAACGUCCUGACGCUCCACUCGUCUGCCAACGAGGGUGAGAACGGCGACGUAACGGUGUUCUUCGGCUUGUCUGGCACGGGCAAGACCACGCUGUCAGCCGACCCCAAGCGCAAGCUCAUCGGUGAUGAUGAACACUGCUGGUCUGACAAGGGCAUCUUCAACAUCGAGGGAGGCUGCUAUGCCAAGUGCAUCGGCUUGUCUGCCGAAAAGGAGCCCGACAUCUUCAACGCGAUCCGAUUUGGGUCGGUGUUGGAGAACGUCGUCUUCGACCCUGAGACUCGAGAGGUCGACUAUGAUGACGCCACCUUGACAGAAAACACACGUUGUGCGUACCCUAUCGAGUACAUCAGCAACGCCAAGAUCCCUUGCUUGACGGAAAACCACCCCAGCAACAUCAUCCUGCUCACCUGUGACGCCCGUGGUGUGCUGCCACCCAUCUCCAAGCUCAACACUGCGCAGACCAUGUUCCACUUCAUCUCCGGUUACACGUCCAAGAUGGCCGGGACGGAAGAUGGUGUCACGGAACCGCAAGCGACCUUUUCUUCCUGCUUUGCUCAACCGUUCUUGGCCUUGCAUCCCAUGAGGUACGCCAAGAUGCUUGCAGACAAGAUCUCGCAGCACAACUCGAACGCGUGGCUCCUCAACACCGGCUGGGUUGGUGCGGGUGCGAGCACCGGCGGCAAGCGCUGCCCGUUGAAGUAUACCCGCGCCAUCUUGGACGCCAUUCACUCUGGAGAGCUGGCCAAGGCGGAGUAUGAGACCUACGACGUGUUCAACCUGAGCGUGCCCAAGACAUGCCCUGGUGUGCCCGACGAGCUUCUCAACCCCAAGAAGAGCUGGACUGGCUCCGCCAGCUUCACCGAUGAGGUGUCCAAGUUGGGCAAGCUGUUCAACGAGAACUUCAAGAAGUACGCCGACGAGGCCACCGAGGAAGUCAUCAAGGCUGGUCCAGUGGUGUAG